AUUGAAUGGAAACCUCGGGAAUACGAAGACCAUUUUAAGCCGAUUCAUGAACAGCCGAAAGGCGAUUCCGGCGUCUCGGGGCGUUUCGCGGGGAUUCGACGCUACUCAGCCACUCAUACAUCACAUCAGCUCCGAUCGAAAAUCUUAAAGGGUCUUGCUAUUUCCUAAGGCUAUAUAUAUCCUUCCAGCGUUGGAAUGUAGUCAGUGUUGGAAGAUACAAUUUUGAAUUUCUUUGCAACAGGGAGGAGGCUGCCAGUCUCAUCGCAAAAAUGAUACAAACACAGGAGACAUCACGUUCACAAACAUCCAGCGAAAAUGACGAUACGAUGGCAAAUGGACCUCGACAAGUUCUUGAAGGGGAUUUUAAGCUUGGAACAAGAGAGAAUGUUGCAUUUUCAGUCUUGUUGGUAAUGUCCUUCUAUGCAGCUUUGGAAAGCACUGCCAUCGGAGUUGCCCUACCCAGCAUAGCACAAGACAUCCAUGGUUCUUCAGUUCAAGCAUUUUGGAUUGGCACAUCAUAUCUACUCGCUAGUGCCGUUUGCCAAACCCCUUUCGCUGCAUUUUCUGAUACCUUUGGCCGACUACCAGUUGCGAUUUCAACACUCGUGCUCUUUAUCGCAGGCUCAAUCAUAUGUGCAUUGGCGCAUAAUGUUCCCACGAUAUUGGUUGGGAGAACACUGCAAGGUGCGGGUAGCGGUGGAAGUCUUUCGCUCAUUGAGAUCAUCAUCACGGACUUGGUACCUCUCAGGCAUCGAGGAGGCUAUUUCGGCAUGAACGCUAUUGCGUGGGCAAUAGGAUGCGCAAUAUCCCCGUUAAUUGGAGGGGCUUUCACGGAGAAGGCGACUUGGAGGUGGAUAUUCUGGAUAAUGUUGCCUUUUGCAGUGGCUUCUCUCAUACUGCUACCAAUAUCCCUUCGUCUUCGCCCGACAAAAGGCUCGCUUGUGGGCAAAGUUAAAAAGGUGGAUUGGAUUGGAUGUUUUCUGUUAAUGACAUCUGCGACAUCGACCCUCAUCGCCGUAUCAUGGGGUGGUCUCAUGUUCCCCUGGUCAAGUUACCACACGCUUGUCCCAUUGCUCCUAGGCAUCGCCGGUGUAGCACUCUUCGUGGUAUGGGAGCAAUACUGCGCCAAGCACCCUCUCAUCCCAACGCGAAUCUUCAACAACAGAACAGCAACAACAGUUUAUUGGCAGAGUCUAGUCUCCGGCCUCAACAUGUGGGCCGUCAUCUACUACAUGCCUCUCUACUUCCAAGCAGUCAAAGACUACUCAAUCAUCAUAUCCGGCGUCGCUAUUCUUCCCAUCCUCCUGGCUGUCUCCCCGUCCGCAGCUAUCACAGGUUUCACAUUAAAGAAACUUGGGUCAUAUCGCAAGAUUCUCUGGGUUGGGUGGACUAUGGCUGUCUUGGGGGUCGGAAUCAUGAUGAGGCUUGACCUCAAUAUCACCAUCCCACAAUGGAUCUUUACCACUUGCUUACCCGGUAUCGGCGUUGGGAUAUUGAUGCCGGUUAUGAGGCUUGCGAUACAAGCCAGCGCCAAAGAUGAGGAUAUAGCUCAUGCGGCUGCUAUGGUUAUGACUUCCCGCACCUUGGGAAUGUCUUUGAGCCUCGCUAUCCUCGGUGUCAUUUUCCAAAACGCGUUUCAGCAUAAGCUCGAGGCCUCGAGUUUCAGUCGCCAGACUGAGGGGCUUGCCCAAAAUGUUCUUGGUGUCGUGGAAGUCAUCAAGCUGCUUCCGAAUGAUUCCCACGACAAGCUGGUGCUCAGACAAGUUUUCGCAGAUUCUCUAAAGCUGAUCUGGGCUACCUUGAUCGCGUUCAAUGCGGUAGCCCUUAUCUCGAGUUUCUUUACUGAAGAGUUGAGUCUGGAUCGGAUUUUGAAUACAGAGCAGGGAGUUGACAAGGGACCAAGUGAGGUAUUGGAGUCUGGUACUGUGAAGACAGCAGAUGUCGACUUGAAGAGCAAUGGUCAGCUUACUGGAAGUGAUGUGCCUAAAACCGACUCGGAUGUGGAAGGUAAACUGCAAUGAGUAUUCAAUCAAAGAGGUAUACAAAAAAGAAUUAGGUUAGAUCAUGUGUAGAAUGGGUAUUUAAUAAAUUGACGAGAAACUAUAAGAUGUUU